AUGGUUUUGGACCCUGUGAAGGGCACAGUCUUCUUCUGUUUCACUGGGCUUGGCACCAUGGGGAACAUCUCAGUUUUUGUCAGUUACAUGCACAUGUUCCAAAACACUGAGAAGAAACCUAUACACCUCAUUCUUGCUCACUUGGCACUGACAAAUAUCAUAAUGCUUUUUUCGAAAGGGAUGCCGAAGACUAUAGAAGCCUUUAAUUUUGGAAACUUCUUAGAUGAUACCAGUUGUAAAGUUGUUGUUUACCUGUCACGAGCAUCCCGGGGCCUCUCCAUCUGCACCAGCAGUCUCCUCACUGUGGUCCAGGCUGUCACCAUCAGCCCCAGACAUUCCAGGUGGCAGAGGCUCACCCUCAAGACUCCACAGCACAUUCUUUCCUCGCUGCUCUUCUUUUGGAUACUCAAUUUCAUGAUCAGCAUGAAUUUACCAUAUUACAUUAAAAGUAUCAACAGUGUGAACAUAACACAGGUUAAAAAAAGUGGCAACUAUUGCUAUUUUCUGCCAGAAAGCUGGAUAACAAGAUGGAUUUUUCUCAUCCUCAUGGUUCUGAGAGAUGCUGUGUUUCAGGGUGCCAUGGGAGGAGCCAGUGGCUACAUGGUAUUUCUUCUCCACAAGCACCACCAGCAUGUCCUCUACCUUCAGAACUCUGAGCUUCUCUACAGAACUCCCCCUGAGCUGAGAGCUGCUCAGAGUGUCCUCCUUCUGAUGCUCUGUUUUCUUUUCUUCUACUGGGCAGAUUGUUUUAUUUCUAUAAUCUUUACUUUCUUCUUAGAAAAUUAUUCCAAAAUACUGUAUGUUCCAGAGUUUCUAACUCUUGGAUAUGCAGUUAUCAGCCCCUUCAUACUUAUUCAGAGAGAUGAACAUCUGACUAAAUGUUGUCACACUCAGUAA